AUGCUUAAAUCAUUGACUAAAAAAUUCAACAAAGUGAAACCUGAAGAAGAGACUGAAGAGAAUAAACAAGGUCUUGAUCCAAGCAAUCAGUCUCAGCAAUCCAGGAGACAGGAAGAAAAAAAAAGUGAAAAGAAAUCUCUCAAAGCCAAGAUGAGUCCAAUCACAUCUGAUGAGUCACACACUCAAAUAAAAGAAAAAAGUACAGAACCCAACCUUCUGAGAGAUCUCCAGACUAGCCCUUCAUACCAACAGCCAGCAGAAUCAACAGUAACUAGACCAGAGCAGAAAGAAAUAGAGACUGGGAAAGAAGGCUUCAUCAGUCCAAAAACCAUACCAUUUGGAACUCCUGUUAUAAAUGAGUGUGCUGAUGCCCAGCUGCACAAGCUGGUGAAAAAGAUGCGUCAACGAACAGCACUCUAUAAAAGAAAGUUGGUGGAAGGAGAUAUCACUUCACCUGAGGCCAGUCCCCAAACUACAAAACCCACAGAUGCAUCAUCAACAAAAGAAAGCAGUUCUGAAGUAAAAGAAGAACGGUAUUACAGCGUGUUAUGUUGUAAAUUCCAAAAACGGCCUCUAACUGAGUACUUAAAGCUAAUUAGACUUCCAAGAAGCAUAGAUUCUCAUACAGAUCGGCUCUAUCUCCUAUGGCUCUUGCUUGUCACCAUUACCUAUAACUGGAACUGUUGGCUUAUACCACUGCGCCUCGUCUUUCCAUAUCAAACACCAGACAACACACGCUACUGGAUUAUUACAGACAUCAUAUGUGAUGCCAUCUACCUUUGCGACAUGCUACUUAUCCAGCCCAGACUCCAGUUUGUAAGAGGGGGAGACAUAAUAGUGGACACAUAUGAGCUAAAGAGACACUACAGGAGCUCUACAAAAUUUCAGUUGGAUGUCGCAUCAGUAAUUCCAUUUGAUGUUUUCUACCUUUUCUUUGGAUUUAACCCAAUAUUUAGGACAAAUAGGAUAUUAAAGUACAAUUCAUUUUUUGAGUUUAAUCAUCACCUAGAGUCGAUAAUGAAAAAGGCAUAUAUUUACAGAGUCAUUCGAACAACUGGAUAUUUGCUGUUUACUCUACACAUUAAUGCCUGUAUUUAUUACUGGGCUUCAGACUAUGAAGGAAUUGGCACUACUGGCUGGGUAUAUAAUGGUGAAGGAAACCAGUAUCUGAGAUGUUAUUACUGGGCAGUUCGAUCUUUGAUUACCAUUGGGGGUCUUCCAGAACCACAAACAACAUUUCAAAUUGUUUUCCAACUGCUGAACUUUUUUCUAGGAGUUUUUGUGUUUUCCAGCUUAAUUGGUCAGAUGAGAGAUAUAAUUGGAGCAGCCACAGCCAAUCAAAACAACUUCCGUGUCUGCAUGGAUCAAACUAUAGCCUAUAUGAAUACUUACUCCAUUCCAAGGAUUGUACAGAAAAGGGUUCGAACUUGGUAUGAAUAUACAUGGGACUCUCAGAGAAUACUAGACGAGUCUCAUGUUCUUGAGAACCUUCCAACAACAAUGCAAUUAUCUCUGGCCAUUGAUAUGAACUUCAACAUCAUCAGCAAAGUUGACUUGUUCAAGGGUUGUGAUACACAGAUGUUAUAUGACAUGUUGCUAAGAUUAAAAUCCACUCUUUAUUUACCUGGUGACUUUGUCUACAAAAAGGGAGAAAUUGGCAAGGAAAUGUACAUCAUCAAACAAGGAGAAGUUCAAGUCCUUGGAGGCUCUGAUGGAGUUCAAGUUCUGGUUACUCUGAAAGCUGGGGCAGUGUUUGGAGAGAUCAGUCUUUUAGCACCCAGAGGAGGAAGUCGUCGAACUGCCGAUGUGGUGGCCCAUGGAUUUGCUAAUCUUUUAAUUCUGGACAAAAAAACCCUCCAACAAAUUCUGGUGCAUUACCCAGAUGCUGAAAAGCUCCUUAUGAAGAAAGCCAGAGAACUUCUAAACAAGACUACAGCCACAGAGGCAACCCCUCCAAGAAAAGGAUUCGGCUUUCUUGUCCCAUCAAAACAAGACACACCCCAAAUAUUUAAAGUUAUUUCAAAAGGCACAGGGAAAGGAGGUCUUGCAAGGUUACUCAAACUGAAGAGAGAACAAACAGUUCAGAAAAGUGAAAACUCAGAAGAAAGUUCUGCUCCAGCAAAGGAUGAAGACAAAGGAAGUGAGCCAGCAGAGAAAUCAGAGGAGAGAUCAAAAUUUACAGCAACUUCCUCUACAGCAGAGGAACCACCCCAGCUGGCUACAAGAGCAUUUUUCCCCAGAGGGACUACCCAUCAAUCACUCAUCAUCAGUAUGGCUCCCUCUGCUGAAAAUGGGGAGGAGGUGCUGACAAUCGAAGUCAAGGAAAAGGUUAAGCAAUAA